AUGAGGCCAAAAGGUAACCGACGCCAAUUAAAGGCAAUGGACGUACUUCCGAUGAAAUUGCCAACCGCCUGUGCACUCACCAACGAACCAGCAUUCACCACGACCUCAAGACACUGUUCAACUGUCGACGACUCCUUUCCACAAAGCGCAGUCCUUGGCAGAGGCCGCAACAGCCAAAAAGAGCUGUUCACUUGCCUGCCUCGAGGCGCAAUGAACCUGCAAAAGCAGCGUCAAGCCACAGUCCAGACGCAGAUGGUUCUGGCGUCGGUGGGCUUCCAGCGUCAACAUACGCCAGAUCCGUUUCAUCUUCCAACACAGCCAAGACCCUUCAAGACCCAAAGGCCGUCAAUUCAUAUGCUCAUCAAUCCGUCCAUCCAUCUAUCCGUCCACCCGUCCAUUUAUCUAUUGAUCCAUCUGUCCAUCUAUUCAUCCAACUAUUCAUCCACCCGUCAAUUCAUAUCAUCAUAA